CAAGCCCUAUAGGCUCACCACCACCCAUUGUCACCAGCUUGGCGUCUUUGUGAAAAAGUCUCACUGCAGGAGGCCCUGGGGCAUUAUUAUUUCCCUCUUUUAGUCUGUCUGGUUGCCAAAUCCCCAGGGUUCUCUGAGACCGGAGUCUUGAUUAGACAUCUCCAGCCGCUGGAAAGAUGAACUCCUACAUCAUCAUAACGAGGCUGCUGCUGUCCGGGCCUUCCCUCUUCGCCCUGGCCUCAGGCUACAACUUGGAAGUGCGGCACGUGCAGAACUUCUCCUUCCCACACGCCGGGAGGCAUUUUGGGUACAGAGUCCUGCAGGUUGGAGACCGGGUUGUCGUGGGAGCUCCAGGUGAGGGGAACAGCACAGGAAACCUCUAUCAAUGCCAGCCAGGCACUGGCCACUGCCUACCAGUCAGCCUGAGUGGUUCCAACUAUACUUCCAAGUACUUGGGGAUGACCUUGGCGACAGACUUCAUAAGUGGAAAGCUUUUGGCCUGUGACCCUGGGCUGUCUCGGACGUGUGAUCAGAAUGUCUACCUAAGUGGCCUGUGUUACCUUUUCCACCAGAAUCUGAGAGGUGUUGUGCUGCAAGGGCGCCCUGGUUAUCAGGAAUGUAUAAAGGGCAACGUGGACUUGGUAUUUCUGUUUGAUGGUUCAAUGAGCUUGCAGCAAGAUGAAUUUCAGAAAAUUCUGGACUUCAUGAAGGAUGUGAUGAAGAAACUCAGCAACUCUUCCUACCAGUUUGCUGCUGUUCAGUUUUCCACAGACUGCAAAACAGAAUUUAAUUUCUUGGAUUAUGUGAAGGUGAAGAACCCUGAUGUUCUGCUGGGCAAAGUAGUACACAUGCGCCUGUUGACCAACACCUUUGGUGCCAUCAACUAUGUCGCGAGAGAGGUAUUCCGGCAAGACCUGGGGGCCCGUCCAGAUGCCACCAAAGUGCUUAUCAUCAUCACUGAUGGGGAAGCCACUGAUCGUGCCAACAUUGAUUCAGCCAAAGACAUCAUCCGCUACAUCAUUGGGAUUGGAAAGCAUUUUGCGACCAAGAGAAGUCAGGAAACACUUCACCAAUUUGCCUCAAAACCUGCGGAGGAGUUUGUAAAGAUUCUGGACACAUUUGAGAAGCUUAAAGAUCUGUUCACAGAGCUGCAAAAGAAGAUUUAUGUCAUUGAGGGCACAAGCAAACAGGACCUGACCUCCUUCAACAUGGAGCUGUCCUCCAGUGGGCUCAGCGCUGACAUCAGCCAGGACCGUUGCAUUGUAGGGGCAGUCGGAGCCAAGGACUGGGCUGGGGGCUUUCUAGACCUCAAGGCAGACCUGCAAGAUGACGCAUUUGUUGGGAAUGAACCACUAACACCAGAAGCGAGAGCAGGAUAUUUGGGUUACACAGUGACCUGGCUAUACUCCCGAGGGCUCACUUCGCUGCUGGCAGCUGGAGCCCCCCGAUACCAGCAUGUGGGGCGGGUGGUGCUGUUCCAGGAGUCAAAGGACAAAGAACACUGGAGCCAGAUCCAGAAAAUAGAUGGGAACCAGAUUGGCUCUUAUUUUGGUGGCGAGCUGUGUGGUGUUGACAUAGACCAAGAUGGGGAGACGGAAUUGCUGCUGAUCGGAGCUCCCUUGUUCUAUGGGGAGCAGAGAGGAGGCCGGGUGUUUAUCUACCAGAGGAAGCAGCUGGGGUUUGAAGCUGUCUCGGAACUGCAGGGGGAACCUGGCUACCCGCUUGGGCGGUUUGGAGCCGCCAUCACUGCCCUGACUGACAUCAACGGGGAUGGGCUGGUGGACGUGGCAGUGGGGGCCCCUCUGGAGGAGAAGGGCGCUGUGUACAUCUUCAACGGGCAGCAUGGUGGGCUGAGCCCCCAGCCGAGUCAGCGGAUAGAGGGGAUCCAGGUGUUCUCAGGAAUUCAAUGGUUCGGACGCUCCAUCCAUGGGGUAAAAGACCUUGGAGGAGAUGGCCUGACAGACGUGGCUGUGGGAGCUGAGGGGCAGGUGAUCGUACUCAGCUCCCGGCCUGUGGUGGAUAUCCUCACUCAUAUAUCCUUCUCCCCGGCGGAGAUCCCAGUGCAUGAAGUGGAAUGCUCCCAUUCAACCAGUAACAAGAAGAAAGAAGGAGUUAAUAUCACAGUCUGUUUCCAGGUCAAGCCUCUCACCCUCCAAUUUCGAGGUCGCCUGGUUGCCAAUCUCAUUUACACUCUGCAGCUGGAUGGCCAUCGGACCAGAAGCCGGGGGCUGUUCCCAGGAGGGAGACAGGAACUCAGCGGGAACAUAGCCGUCACCAGAGACUGGUCCUGUAUCAAGCUCUGGUUUCACUUCCCGGUGUGCAUUCAAGACCUCAUCUCUCCCAUCAACGUCUCUCUAAAUUUCUCUCUCUGGGAGGAAGAAGAGACACCGAGGAACAAACGUGCGCUGGACAGGGACAUCCGGCCCAUCCUGAGACCCUUACCACACGUAGCGAACACGGAGAUCCCUUUUGAGAAGAACUGCGGGGAGGACAAGAAGUGUGAGGCAGACCUAGGGCUCUCGUUCUCCCCAGCAGGAUCCAGAGUCCUGCGCCUGAUCCCCUCUGCCAGCCUCUCCGUGGAGCUGAUACUGAGUAACUUGAGAGAAGACGCUUACUCCGUCCACCUCAAUCUGAGCUUCCCCCAGGGACUCUCCUUCCGCAAAGUAGAGAUGCUCAAGCCCCACAGCCAGAUACCUGUGAGCUGCGAGGAGCUUCCUGAGGUAGCCAAGCUUAUGAACAGGAUCGUCUCUUGCAAUGUGAGCUCUCCCAUCUUUAGAGCAGGCAGUGUGGUUGCUAUCCAGGUGAUGUUUCAUAUGCUGCUGAACAGCUCCUGGGGGGACUCUGUUGAGCUGCACGCCAAUGUGAGCUGUCACAAUGAGGACUCCGGCCUCUUGGAGAACAACUUGGCCACCACCACCAUCCCAGUCCUGUACCCCAUCAACAUUCUCACUGAGGACAAGGAGAACUCCACACUGUAUGUCGGCUUCACCCCAAAAGGUCCCAAGAUGUACUUUGUUGAACACUUCUACCAGGUGAGGAUUCAGCCUUCUAUCUAUGACCACAAAGUGCCUGCCCUGGAGGCCUUGAUUGGGGUACCAGUAUCUCACAGUGAGGGGCCCAUCACACACAAAUGGAAUGUGGAGAUGGAGCCUCCUGUGACCUGUUAUCGUGAGGAUCUGGACAGGCUGCCCAGUGUGGCUGAGCCUUGUUUGCCCGGGGCCAGAUUCCACUGCCCAUUUGUCUACAAGGAGGAGAUCUUCGUCAAAGUGAUCGGGACUAUUGAGCUGGUGGAGAAGAUUGAGGCCUCCUCCAUGGUCAGCCUCUGCAGCUCUCUUUCCGUCUCCUUCAACAGCAUCAAGCAUUUCCACCUCUAUGGCAGCAAUGCCUCCAUGGCCCAGGUCGUCAUGAAGGUUGACAUCAUAUAUGAAAAGGAAAUGCUCCAUGUCUACGCGCUGAGCAGCAUUGGGGGGCUGUUGCUGCUCUUGCUGAUUUUUGUGGCACUCUACAAGCUUGGCUUCUUCAAACGGAACCUGAAGGAGAAGAUGGAGGCUGUAGAAGCUUCAAAUGAAAUCCCUAAACAAGACUCUGAGCAGCCAGUGUCCAAGGAGGAGGCUGGGGAUCCAGGCUGCCUGGAGCCCCUCCAGGAGGGGGAGGCCCAGGAUGAAGCUGUCAAAGACUGAGGCCCAGGCCCACGGCAGAGGACCCAGGAUGUAUGGUGCCAUUCUGCCUCUACCUAUGUCUCACUGUGCGUCUUCGGGCAAGUCUCUGCCCCCCCACCUAGGCCUCAGUUUCGUUAUGUUGAACAUGGAGCUCACUCCUGCCUGCCUGCUCUGUGGGCUCAUGGUGAGGAUCUAUGAGGGAUGGGCCAGGAAGGGUAUGUACGUGAGGGCUUGUAAUUAUCAGCUGGUUCUGGCUUCCCCUGGUCCUUCUUAAUAUCCUCCCAUGGAAGAGAAUAUCUGAUCUAAAUUUGGAAAAACUGUCAUCUCAGGACUUAGUGACACUCCCAGCCCUCACACCCAUCUGCCCUUGGAUGUCCCCAGAUGCCUCAGACUCUCAGAACCUUGCCCUUCACUCUCUCCUGCCUGGAGUCCAGUCAGCUUUCCAUCUGCUGCCAGAGAGCAAAUCUGAUCUGUGUCACGACAUUGCUGCUGCAGACCCCUUGCUCUGUGGCUAAAGACCAAGUUCCUUAAUACGACUUCCAAAAUCUGCAAAAUAUCCUUAACAUGCCAGUGCAGUACUGGGUCCCCGUGGCCUUCCUGGCCUCCUCCAGAGACUCCCAGCCUCCCUUUCGAAGCUCCAGUUACACCAGCCUUUCUCACUAGCCAAGCCCCCUUCUGUCCCACUGCCUUCAUCCAGACUGCUCCCUCUGCCUGGAACAUUCCUCCCCAGCCCUUUCCCUGGCUGGCUCUCACUCAGACUUCAGAUCUCAGCUCACUUGGAACUUCCUCAGGGCUGCCCUCAACCCCGCCCCAAGCGGGUUUUCAUAGCACACAUGCCUACACUAGCCUGCACUUCCCCUCACAGUACAGAUCAUGGUUGUUACUCAAUAUUCAUCUCUCAAAUCCAACCAUAGCUCCACGGGGGUAGGGACCAUACCUGCUAUGUUCACCUUGGUGACAUCACAGAGCCAGACACAGUGGGUGCUUGAUACAAUUUCUUUCUUUUUUUUUUUUUUUUUUUUUUUAAGAUUUUAUUUGUUUAUUCAUGAGAGACACAGAGAGAGAGUCAGGGACACAGGCAGAGGGAGAAGCAGGCUCCAUGCAGGGAGCCGGAAGCCGGACUUAACCCUGGGACUCCAGGAUCACACCCUGGGCCGAAGGCUGGCGCUAAACCACUGAGCCACCCAGGGAUCCCGCUUGAUUCAAUUUCACUGAACUAGUGAGGGUGCCUAUGGGAAGUUCCAGAAAACGUUUGGAUGGGCCCAUGGCAUCUCCAUCCUUCAAGGCUCUGUCUUCCCUCAGGCUCCUGCCUCCUUCCUUUGUAGCCCCUAUUGGGACUCCCCAAAUUCCAUCAUGGCCCCAGGCUGGGAGGCAGUGAGCUCAAGAUGUGGGACAGGUCUGUCUACUCCCCUCCCUUCACUACCCCCCCACCUCCUGCCCCGGCUCCCAGUGCUAAGCAGAGCGCCUGCCUAUGUCUACUGAUAAAUAUGAAGUUUGUAAGCUGGUGCCACAUCUCGGCCUGGCUCAAUUAAACAUUUCCUUCUCACCCUUUCUCUAA